CCCACGUGCAGAAGGCUACAGGCUACGAUAAACUUCCGAAUGCGACGACAAAGACUUGUUCGAAAGCCAAGCUGGAACUUGCGUUGCUCUACUUUGCAUAUACUUUGUCGACGAGUCAGCCACAUGAACGCGAUCAAUCGCCAAGGAUACACUGUCCAUGCGCAACUUCCCAGCGCCCGAAAACAGCGCCCGGACCGCGUGUCAUGUACGCUGUAAGAGUCAUCGAGUGAUCGGUUACAUCUUUUUCUUUCGCAAGUUCCUAUAGUGGAUAGGCUCUGCUCUUCAUGUCCUUCGGCGACGUUUUCCCUCAUGUGCUACCUACUUUCGAGUUUCCUGAUCGUGACCCAUGUUUCGGCGACCCGAGUAACCUGAGCACCGUAUGCCAGGUUGCAUCGCAAACUAUGCUCGACUUCCUCAAUAUUACGACCCCAGAGGCUUACUUGAAUGUGUAUUGCCUCAACCCGCCUGACGAUUCGUGCGGAUUCGGUUAUUGCCCCAAUCCGGAUGUCGCAAGUCCCGCCGUGCGCUAUUCGAUGUACUUCACAUCCUUUGUGUCUGCGAUAUUGCUGUUCUUUUCCCCGAACGAUGUGACAUCGUCAUUCUACGCACAAUUGCUGAACAUCUAUUCACUCAUCAUUGCCGCCAUCUUCUCCAUCAUCGGCCACAAUCUCACCCAUCUGCACUGCGUCAUUGCCCUCGCCCUGGCAGCGUCGCCGUUGACCAUAUACCUCGUGCUGUAUGUGUUGCGCAGUCUUUUCGGCAAGCAGACGCGGCUGGACGUCGUUUUCGGACCUGGGCAUUUUCUGAACCGUGCUUUGGUGCUAGUCGGAAUUCCACUUUGGAUCGCUGUCCUAGUGUUUGCCGCACUGCCUUCGGCGACGUACACGUUCCAACAAGCCGCAUGCGACUCACUCAUUGCAAACAACCAUGUCACAAUCCUGUUCUUCACUGUAUUCUUCAUACUAUUCCUGAGAUCGGGAUUCCUCCUCAUUCUAAUGGCGCUCACCUUGGUCAUCCCGUGGACUAUCGCAAUCUAUCGGGCCCGAAAAUCCAUCUGGGCUAAGAAGAGGAAAUUCCCCCUGGUUCGCAUCUGGCGCAAAGUCACUCAGCGUUACCCAUUCAUCUACUUCUACACUGCCAUCAUUAUCCCUCACCUCAUUUGGAUCUGUAACAUUGAGGUCUCUCUAAUCCUACGAUCUACGCAUGAAUCCUUCACGGCCACUUAUGGUCAGCUGCUGGCAAUUUUUGUCACGGUUCCUCCUUUCAUUUCACUUGCAAUGAUCGCACCUCGGAUGGGGCCAUGGUUCAUCGAUCUCGCAUGGGUCCGGCUCCUCACAUGCAGGCGCAAUAGGCCGCUGCGUAAUCCAGGUCGUGAAGAAUCGACACCAGUGGCUCUCUCGUCUCUCUCGUCUCAGGUCUCACUAGCAGACAGCACUCACAAAUCAACGAUGCCUCUAGGGGGCGACCCGUAUGCAGACCACAUGAGCCUACUUUCAGUCCAGCCCAAACGUGCCCAAUAA